UUCAAUCGGGCACACCCUCAAACACCUAUAACGGCUUGUAUUCGUGAUUGUGGAUGGGAUAAACUUGUUGAUGUUGAGGUGGCAGUUUGGCUACGGCAUGAAUUAGUCUUACACAUGACAUUCCAUUAAAAACUGUAACGAAGGUAGCAAGAUUGUAGAAUUUAAUCAUAGUUACAAAGUUAAACUCCACUGGUUUGUGGUCACGACGGAGCGGUGCCGCAGAUAAAGAUACAUUUAGGCAGUCAAUGAACCCAGCGCGGGUCCAUUCAAGUUAGCGUAGACUGGUUUGCCUUUAAUUAUUCCGCUUAUUUUGGAACGUUUUCAUUAUACGUCCUGGAAGAACCGAUGUCAUGACACUGAGGAGAAUAAACGCGGUUAUUCUUCUACUACUGGCCGUGGCCUUCCUGAUCAUUGUUCAACGAAAUCUUCUCAGUCUCAAUGACUUUUUACACCAAGAAACCCCAGAUGCUGGUCUGAUUCAUCCUUUUGAGGUUGAGUUGUCUGCAGACCUUCGAAUAGAGACGGAGAGGAAAGGAGUGGAGAUCCCUGUCCUCAUCCCGGCUGCAGAGGACCGGCUUGGUGCUGUGAUAGCAGCCAUGAACAGUGUCUACCAGAACAGCAAAGCCAAUGUGGUCUUCACUAUUGUGACCCUGAAUGAUACCGUUGACCACCUGAAGGUGUGGCUGAGAAACACAAAUUUGAAAAAUACAAAAUAUAAAAUAGUCAUUUUCAAUCCAGAGCUCCUCAAUGGGAAACUGUCAAAGGAUGCUCAGAUAGCAGAUGCUGCAAAACCCCUCACUUUUGCCAGAUUUUAUCUGCCUCUGUAUUUACCUGAUGCUGAGAAAGCCAUAUAUUUGGACGAUGAUGUCAUUGUACAAGGAGACAUUCAAGAGCUUUAUGAAACCAACAUCAAACAAGGACAUGCAGCUGCUUUUUCUGACGACUGCGACUCAGCAUCUGCUAAGGGAAUCGUUCGAGGGGCUGGGAACCAGAACAACUACAUUGGUUUCCUGGACUUCAAGAAGGAAGCUGUUAAGAAGCUGGGGAUGAAGGCCAACACAUGCACCUUCAACCCAGGAGUCUUCAUCGCUAACCUGACUGAGUGGAGGAGUCAAAACGUGACUCAACAGCUAGAGCACUGGAUGGAGCUAAACACUCAGGAGGAUCUGUACAGCAAAGCACUUGCAGAAAGCAUCGUUACUCCUCCGCUCCUCAUUGUGUUUUACAAACGCCACUCCACCAUCAGUCCAUCGUGGCAUGUGAGGCAUCUGGGCACUACGGGAGCUGGAAAUCGCUACUCGCCCCAGUUUGUGAGCGCUGCCAAACUCCUCCAUUGGAACGGACAUUACAAGCCGUGGGGGAGAACAUCCUCUUUUUCCGAUGUGUGGGACAAGUGGUUCAUUCCAGACCCCGCAGGGAAGUUUCAUCCCGUGAGAAGACACACAGACUGAGUAAUGAGGCCCGGUAAACUGCCACGUCCCACCCGGAGCACCGCAUCCUUUCUCAAAUCUCAGGGACUAAUUUAGGCCUUCUUUUUCUUGACUUGUCAUCCUCAGGAUGUGUGGACCUUCUUCCUCUGUUACCUGGGAGACAGAGUUGUCACCCAAAGUGUUUCCCAAAUAUUUGGAUAAAUUGAAAGGCUGUUUCCCAUUCCUUCCUGUCGUCUUUCUGUUCACGUUUUAUAGGAGAGCAUUUUGAGUCAGCUUGCGAGCUCUUACAUAUCAGUGUGCCAAGAAGUAUGCUUUAAGCCUUCAUUACCUUUUAUGGAGUAGUUAAAUGGUAAAAAAAAAAAAAGAAAUGCUGAAUGACUUGGUGACAGUGAAGGAUUUUACACUUUACUGUCAUUGCAUUCGUUCAGGACAUCCUAUGGAAAAGUUCUCUUCAGAGCACAUUUUAGUCC